AUGGGCUCUCUAUUCCUCUCUGAGGGGGGAAGGAUUCCAUUUGGAGCAGCUAUAUGUUCCCGCUGCCUCCUAAUACUAUCAGCUGGAGGUUCUCAAUUCAGGGCAAUUCCACCUUCGAAGACUUAUAAGCCGACCCAACAAGCAACCACACGGUAUCAACAUACAAAUGCGAAGAACCAAGGAAGUUCUGGUGGGGAAAUAGCGGAUCAGAUACACCCAUUGAAGGGCUUUUACUCCGAGCUUCUUAACUCUCCGUCACAACCGUUAAACCCCAGCCGAACUCCUCAAUCUCAUGGUGCUACUGCUGCUGUAGCCGAAACAACACAAUCAGAACCGAAAAGUGAACAAACACCGCAGGAAAAAUUUGGAAUAGUUUUUGGAACUCGACUCGCCGGACCAGGCUAUUCCUCGACACGCUAUAAUCCUACUACUGCUCCCAAGUCGACCUGGCGUACGAUCAAUGGGGUACCCAUACCGCCACGGCCAGAAGAACCCGAUAAUUGUUGCAUGAGUGGAUGUGUGCAUUGCGUUUGGGAUGAUUAUCGAGAUGACGUCGAGGCUUGGGCACAGAGAAUAAAUGAAGCGAAGAAACGAGACACUCCUCGCAGAGGUUCAAAGAAGAAAAAACACCCGUUACCUGAUAUGAGGCAAAGCCCACGAAGCGAAGUUGACAGUGCAAGUACAAGCAUGGAUGACGAUGGCGGUGGGAGCCAAGCUAGUUGGAAUGUUGAUAUUUCCACCGAGGCGGAUGCGGAUGCAUUGUUUGCUGACAUUCCUGUUGGGAUAAGAGAGUUCAUGAAAACAGAGAAGAGAUUAAAAGAAAAGCGCAAGAAAAAUUAA